AAAUGAGAAGACAGAGUUCUGCACUCCGCUGCAUCCUUCUCCCGCCUCUCCUUCCGUGCGAGCUGCGUGCGAGAAGUCUACCUGCCCGCCAUGGACCCCAACUGUAGCUGCGAGAACGGUGGCUCUUGUACCUGUGCAGAUGUCUGCAAAUGCACUUCAUGUCGGUGUACCUCCUGCAAGAAAAGCUGCUGCCCCUGCUGCCCUAAGGGAUGUGCCAAGUGUGCCCAGGGAUGUGUCUGCAAAGCCCCUCAGAGUGAGAGUUGCAGCUGCUGCCAGUGAUGUCCCCACUUCCCUUUGCCUGUAAACAGAAUUUGUACAGUCCUGAAUUUUCAAACAGCGUGGAUAUUUUUCUACUGUUUUUCUAUGAAAUGUAUGAAUACAAUAAAUUUGAUGACUAUGUUUA